AUGUUAAAAGACACAAACUGGGAUUUAUUUACUGAACAAGCUCUUGAUAACACAAUUGCCAACAUAACACAUUAUCUUAAUUUCUGUCUUGAUGUUUGUUGUCCAAAAGAGACAAUCUUCUUAAAAUUCGAUCGCUUCUCCUCUUCUCAACUCAAAAAGCUCCGCCGUGAAAAAGAAAGGUUGUUCAAAAUGAAAAACAAAUCUGGUGUUAAGAGAAUGAACACUUUGAUUAAGCUUGAAUUACAAAGAUUGAAUGCUCUCUAUAACCAGAAGUUUCUUUCAUGUAAAUCCCCAUCAAAUAUGUGGAAGUUAUUAAAGGAAAUCACAGGUGGUAAGCAAAUGUUGAAUGAUAUUUCUGUAGAUGUUAACAUGCUUAAUGAAUCCUUCAUAUGUAUCCCAGCAAAUGUUAUGAUUCCUAACUCAAAUAGUGUAAACAAUGACUGCUUCUCAUGCUUUAACACGAAUGAUGUCCUCAAGUGUCUUCAAUCUCUCAAGCCUACUCAGUCCCUUGGUCCUGAUGGUGUUCCUGCUGUUAUCCUUAAGAAGUGUGCCGACAUCUUGUGUUCCCCUUAA